UUCCGUUCCGAGAUGGAAUAAAACACCGGUUGGACUAGGGGGCAUCGGCCGGACUGGACUCGGGGAAGAGGAGAGCGAAGGAGGAUGAGCCGCCGGCCGUCGCGUCCAGCUCUCUCCGACCUCCUCCUCCUCCUCCUCAUCCUCCUUUUCUCUCUCCUCCUCUCCUUUCUAUUCUGGAAGGCGAUCGAGGUGGGCGCCGAUUCUGCCGUGAGGGUCAAGAAGUCCGCCGAGCUCCCCCUCCGCUUCCGGUACGACGGCACCUUCAAGAUACUCCAGGUGGCGGACAUGCAUUUCGGCAAUGGAGCGGUGACCCGGUGCCGAGAUGUGUUCCCAUCCGAGUCCGCCCGCUGCUCCGAUCUCAAUACUACCCAGUUCCUCAGGAGGAUGAUUGAGGCCGAGAAGCCCGAUCUCAUUGCCUUCACAGGGGACAACAUAUUUGGGACCAGUGCAACAGAUGCAGCGGAAUCACUGUUUCAAGUGUUUCGACCUGCCAUGGAAUCCAGGAUUCCCUGGGCGGCAAUCUUGGGUAAUCAUGACCAGGAGUCCACCAUGACCCGGGGAGAGCUCAUGUCGUUCAUCUCCCUCAUGGAUUAUUCUAUUUCCCAGCUUAACCCGCCUAGUUUCAAGAUAGAUGGAUUUGGGAAUUAUGAUAUCAGGGUGCAUGGAGCGUUCAGUUCGGAAAUGGCUAAUACCAGUGUGCUAAAUCUCUACUUCCUUGAUAGUGGAGAUCGUGCAAUGGUCGGUGGAGUUAGAACUUAUGGAUGGAUAAGGGAAUCUCAACUCGCCUGGCUUCGUACUGCUUCACAAAAGCUUCAGCAGGGCAUCUUUCCGGCUCCAGCCUUAUCAUUUUUCCAUAUCCCAAUUCCAGAGGUUCGAAAUCUCUGGUAUACAGGGUUUGUGGGCAAGUAUCAGGAGGCAGUUGCUUGUUCUAUUGUCAACUCUGGGGUCCUAAAAUCCCUUGUCUCAAUGGGAGAUGUGAAAGCCGUAUUCCUUGGUCACGAUCAUCUUAAUGACUUUUGUGGCAACAUUGAUGGUAUAUGGUUUUGUUAUGGUGGCGGUUUUGGUUACCAUGGCUAUGGAAGAGCUGGCUGGCCUAGGAGAGGGAGGGUAAUUUCAGUCCAGCUUAGAAAAGGGAAAAAGGAAUGGAUGGGGGUUGAGACAAUCAGGACUUGGAAGCGGCUGGAUGAUGGGAAUCUGAGUAAGAUUGAUGAGCAAGUGAUCUGGAGUGGUGGCGGUGGAGAAGAUUUGGAUCACUAACUAGAUGUUCAUCUAUGGCCUGAUGUUUUGUGUUCUUGAAGUUUGUAUUCCAUAUGUGAUAAUUUUUUCAAUUACAAAUUUGUAACAGUUACCGGUCAAGUAGGAGAGCAUGCCGACUGAUCCAGCUGGUGCAGUUUUUUGUUCCCAUUGAAGAGGCAUGGAUUUGAUCCUGCCCUCACUCUGAUAUAUUAUCAGAUUUCUACGUGCCCUAGUUCUUUGAAAAAGGAACUGGUGAAGAAGUUGGAGGGAAAUUUCUAAAAUUUUGCUAUAUUUCCUUUCGAUGAAGUAAUGGAACAUCAUGUACAGCAUCUCUGUGUUCUAUCAGUUGGUCACUGGAUUGUCUAAAAGAUUGGUUGCAUCCUCGUAUGUGGGUGAUGGUCGGUUUUCUAGGAGUUACCGUCUGGUUUGAUGUGUUAAGGGAAGUCCAUUUGCUCUACCAAGGGUGGUAAUUUCUGGGUCAGAAUCUAUUUUCACUUGUGCAGUAACAUAAGAUUUAUUAUGUGACUGGUUGAGAUUGAAAAUAAUUUUAAAUAUGAAAUGGAAUUGAAUAGCUUGUUAAUUAACA